AUGGUCGAAGAGGAAAAAGAGGAAAGAGGGUUCGAGGUGCCUACCAUGUCUCUGUGGGUGAUACUGCCUGUUAGCCUCCCAGCACUGACCAUCACUGGGAUCUGGGUUGUGUAUGCCAUGGCCCUUUACAACCAACAUGUCUGCCCUGUGGAUAACUGGUUUUACAACCAGUCAUGCGAGGAGGAGCUAUAUUUGCAGAGCGGACCAACGUUGUGCUGCACACUUGACAACGUACCUCUCAUCAGUAAAUGUGGGACGCUUCCGCCGGAGAGCUGCUUCUUCAGCCUUAUCUGCAGCACAGGCUCAUUCAUGGUCAUGGUCAUUGUGCUGCUGCGCUACGCCCAUGUCAUUGAGAAGCACCAAAACUGCGUCCUCAACACGGCGAGUCUCUCCACAGGCUGGAUCUGUGCCGCAGGACUCAUCAUGGUGGGCAACUUCCAGGUUGACUAUGCCAAGGUUCUCCACUAUGUCGGAGCAGGCGUAGCCUUCCCCACCAGCAUGCUGUUCGUGUGCCUGCAGUCGGCGCUGACGUAUCGACUAGCCAAGACGCAGGGGGAGUACAACGUGGCCCAUCUGCGCCUCUGCAUGACCCUGCUGGCCUUCGUCGCCCUGGUGCUCAGCGGUGUGUUUUUCUGCCAGGAGAGCUUCACCCUGCAACACGCCUCGGCUAUCUUCGAGUGGGUCUUCUGUGUCAUCAUCAUGCUCUUCUAUGGGACGUUCGCCUUUGAGUUCGCCGGUGUAUCAGGAGACACCAUGGCCGUGCUGGCCAGAGGGGGCUCUCCGCGCAAGGCCGACACGCUGGGGCCGCACCCGCCGCCUCACCAACCUGAAAACAUGUCCAUCAUGUAG